AUGCUGGUUCGGAACACUUGUGCGAUUGGACUUGGGUCUCUUCUUCUUACAGCAGGUGGCCUCAGAGCAGCUUGUUGGCCCACAUUGUUCGGCCUGGUCCUUGUGGCUGCAGGCUGUAGGGGCCUACCCGGAGGCACUCCGUUUCUAGAGGUUGAAACGGAGGCCGGUUUCUACGCCGACCUGAAAGGCAAAAUGGCAGCACGCAACGAGAAAGUCUGCCAGGCAAUGCAAAAGUGGAUGAACAGUUUUGUUCCAUGCCCCUGGCAGCGAUCCGGAGAGCUGUGCACCAUCGCACCUUACAUGUUAAAUCGCAAGAGGUUCGGGGAGUUGAAGUACGAACGGAUCUGGUUGCGUGCAGACGACGGAGAAAGCUUUGCCAGCGAUUUCGUUUUCCCUCCUGGAGGCUUUGACCCUAAUCGCCCUGUCGUUGUGCUCCUGACGGGGCUCGCACCGUCGAAGCACUGGACUGAGGCAGCUGGUUUCAUCGCCGACGCCGCGGGAUAUCUAUCUCGUUGUGCGAACAUGACCGUGGUGAUUUUGGUUGCGAGAGGAACGAUGGACACCCAAGUCAACGCGAAUCUCUUCCACGGGGCUCGUGUCACGGACCUCCGGAAGCUCCUAGAACAUCUGGACAACUGCCUCAAGGCCGUUUCGGCUCUGGGCUUCCCGAAAGCAGCAGUAUUCGCAUCUGGCUACUCUAUGGGCGCCAUCAUCCUUGCCAACUACUGCGGUCACUAUGGCCAGGAUCCGCUUCUGGAGGGCGCUAUCAGCUUCUCGGGUGUGAACGACGCUGUGAAGAACAUGAAUUUUGAGUACUCCACGGAGACCUGGCAAGCUGCCCUUGCUUACAGUCUCAAGAAAACGAUUGUUCAAGGGCACGUCGAGGAGGCGAAGCGGCGAGGGGUCGACAUUGGAAAGGUCCUCUCAAGCAAAGUUGCCAGUGUGGUAGAUGUGGACAAGGACUUCGUUUCGAUAUUUAAUGGUUACGACGGAGUCUUGGACUACUAUCGGGAUCUGAGUGUUGCAUUUGACGACAAGUGGAGGAAGGUGAGCAUCCCUCUGCUCUCGGUGGCUGCUCGCGAUGAUCCCAUUACGCACUGCGACAGCCUCCGGGCCAAGGAAUUCUUCGCCGAGAACGAGAACCUCCUCUUCCUCAUCACAGAGAAAGGAGGUCACGUGGGUUGGCCUUGGGGCGUGCAGCCUUGGAAGAAAGGCUGGGAUUUCAUGAACGAGGCCAUCCAGGUCUUUGCCGAAGCUGUGCUGUCCAGUCGGCCUCAAGGUUAG